AUGGGGAACCGGGGGAUGGAGGAUCUGAUUCCUCUGGUGAACCGCAUGCAAGAUGCUUUCUCCGCCAUCGGACAAAACGCAAGCCUGGACCUGCCGCAGAUCGCCGUGGUGGGCGGCCAGAGUGCGGGGAAGAGCUCGGUGCUGGAGAACUUCGUCGGGAAGGAUUUCCUUCCCCGUGGCUCCGGCAUUGUGACCCGUCGUCCUUUGGUUCUGCAGCUGAUGAACUGCCCCACAGAAUAUGCUGAGUUCCUCCACUGCAAGGGAAAGAAGUUCAUAGAUUUUGACGAGGUGCGGCAGGAGAUCGAGGCAGAGACCGAUCGUAUCACCGGAGCCAAUAAAGGCAUCUCCCCGGUGCCCAUCAACCUGCGGGUCUACUCUCCUCACGUGCUGAACCUGACGCUGGUGGACCUGCCGGGGAUGACCAAAGUGGCGGUGGGCGACCAACCUGUGGACAUCGAGUUUCAGAUCAGAGAAAUGCUGAUGCAGUUUGUCACCAAGGAGAACUGCCUGAUGCUGGCCGUGUCCCCGGCCAACUCUGAUCUGGCCAACUCUGACGCUCUGAAGAUUGCCAAAGAGGUCGACCCUCAGGGUAUGAGAACUAUUGGUGUGAUCACUAAGCUGGAUUUAAUGGACGAGGGGACGGAUGCUAAAGACAUCCUGGAGAACAAGCUGCUUCCACUCAGGAGAGGUUACAUCGGUGUGGUGAACAGAAGCCAGAAGGACAUAGACGGAAAGAAAGACAUUAAUGCUGCUAUGGCUGCUGAGAGGAAGUUCUUUCUCUCCCAUCCUGCUUAUAGACACCUGGCCGACCGCAUGGGCACUCCCUACCUCCAGAAAAUACUCAAUCAGCAACUGACCAACCACAUCCGGGACACCCUGCCGGCUCUGCGGGCCAAGCUGCAGAGUCAGCUGCUCUCCAUAGAAAAGGAGGUGGAAGAGUACAAAAACUUCAGACCUGACGAUCCGUCUCGUAAAACCAAGGCUCUCCUCCAGAUGGUGCAGCAGUUCUCUGUGGACUUUGAGAAGUGUAUAGAGGGUUCUGGGGACCAGAUCGACACGGCCGAGCUGUCGGGCGGCGCCAGGAUCAACCGCAUCUUCCACGAACGCUUCCCCUUCGAACUGGUCAAGAUGGAGUUCGAUGAGAAAGAACUCCGCAAGGAAAUCAGCUACGCCAUCAAGAACAUCCACGGCAUCAGGACGGGGCUAUUCACCCCUGACCUGGCCUUUGAGGCCAUAGUGAAAAAGCAGAUCCAAAAGCUGAAGGAGCCCACACUGAAGUGUAUAGAUAUGGUAGUGAGUGAACUCACCUUCACCAUACAGAAGUGUAGUCAAAAGCUGGCUCAGUAUCCCAUGCUGAGAGAGGAGAUGGAGAGGAUCGUCACUCAGCACAUCAGAGACAGAGAAAACCGCACCAAGGACCAGGUGCUGCUCUUGAUAGAUAUCGAAUUGUCCUACAUGAACACCAACCAUGAGGACUUCAUUGGAUUUGCCAACGCUCAGCAGAGGAUCAACCAAAUGAACAAGAAGAAGGCAGCCGGCAAUCAGGAUGAAAUCAUGGUGAUCAGAAAGGGCUGGCUGACCAUCAACAACAUCGGCAUCAUGAAAGGAGGAGCCAAGGAGUACUGGUUCGUCCUCACUGCCGAGUCUCUGUCCUGGUACAAGGAUGACGAGGAGAAGGAGAAGAAGUACAUGCUGCAGGUGGACAACCUGAAGCUGCGCGAUGUGGAGAAAGGCUUCAUGUCCAGCAAGCAUAUUUUUGCCCUCUUCAACACCGAGCAGAGAAAUGUGUAUAAGGACUACCGUCAGCUGGAACUGGCAUGUGAGGGCCAGGAAGAUGUUGAUGCAUGGAAGGCCUCCUUCCUCAGAGCUGGAGUCUAUCCUGAACGGGUCACGGAGAAGGAAGGAAAGAGCGAGGGCGGUGAUGAAAAUGGCUCCGACAGCUUCAUGCACAGCAUGGAUCCUCAGCUGGAGCGGCAGGUGGAGACCAUUCGCAACCUGGUCGACUCCUACAUGUCCAUCGUCAACAAGACUGUUCGUGACUUGAUGCCGAAGACCAUCAUGCACCUCAUGAUCAACAAUACUAAGGAGUUCAUCAACGCUGAGCUGCUGGCCCAGCUGUACUCAUGUGGUGACCAGAACAGUCUGAUGGAGGAGUCUCAGGAACAGGCCCAGCACCGCGACGAGAUGCUGCGGAUGUACUUCGCCCUGAAGGAGGCGCUCAGCAUCAUCGGCGACAUCAGCACAUCCACCGUGACCACUGCCAUGCCGCCGCCUGUGGACGACUCCUGGCUGCAGGUGCAGCGAGGCGGCUCCGGUGGAAGGUCUCCAGCCACUAGUCCAACUCCAAACCGCAGGGCUCCACCAGGACCUCCUGCCCGUCCAGGCUCUCGUGGACCUCCACCCGGGCCUCCUGCCGCUGGGGGACCUCCAGUCCCGUCUCGCCCCGGAGCUUCUCCGGACCCUUACAGUGGACCUCCACCCACUGUGCCCUCCAGGCCUAACCGUGCACCCCCUAGCGUGCCCAGCCGGCCAAACAAAGGCGGGCCGUCUCGGCCCGAGAGCCCCCUGCCGCCGUUCGACUCUUAGAAGAAACCCCUCCCAUCCGUUCUCCCCUUUUUACCUCCUCUCUUCUAAAACUAGACUUCCCAUCAGCUAUGAAACACUAUCUCUCACUCACGCGAAGGGCUUGAAUGAAAUGAGGGAGGAACGGAUCGUCUACAGACAUCUUUAAAAGGCUGCUGCUGCUCUUCAUCCUUCCUUUCCCCUCCUCCUCCUC